AUGACCUAUCAACAGAAGUCAGGUCUCCAACCCGAACUGUCUCAGACCUUCUAUUCGAAACAACUUCUGGGCAAAGUCAAAGCAAGCAAAUAUGCUGAUAUUGGCACAAUCUGUGCCCAACAACCUGCUCCGCACAAACAGAAGAAGCUCAAUCCAAAGACUAUGAAGACAGAGCCAAUCAAACCAAACGGUGACUUCUAUCAGCCUGGAGAGCCACGUGCUUGA